AUGGAGGCAGCGGACCGAGAAGCGUGGAAGACGUUCUCCGAGCGGAGGUCGCUGUGGUCUCGGGUCGCUGUGGGCAUAUGGCUCUGUGGAAUCGCGAGCAUGUGCGCCUGUUAUGCGUUGGAGCUGAGCGUGCUUGGCCAUGUCCUGCUGGCGCUGGUGGUGACGGCGCCUUUUACGACCUUGCAUAUUCCUUACCUCAUCUUCAACUUCGACAGGCGAUACAGGAAAUCUCGGUGCAUCGCCGCGGGAUUGAGCCCUGAUGUGUACAUGCUCCCGAACGUCCCAUACGUCCUGGUACCAGAGACCCCGGCCGCAUAUCGCACUUGGUACGUGACCACGCCUCAAAUUGCUACCCUCGCUCGGGGCAACUACGUUCGAGGCCGGGUGCAUCAGGACGCACUGCCGUCGAUCCUGGGGAAGUCCUGGUACCUGAAGAGCAUCCGCCCGAGCCCGAGGGAGGGGGUGCCUCCCUUCGUCGUCAAGAAAGUGUCAUCCCUCGCCUGGAGAGACAUGCCCUGCGGCGACAUCGUCAACGUGGUUCUCACCAACCGGCCUGUCCCGGGCGAAUCCCUCCGUUCCGCCGAAAACGGCUCAAGGCCGGGCCACGUCAUCCCCUCGGUGUCGUCGCGAGUGCAGGCAUCCCCCGAGUUCGACCCCCCGCCGAGUUACGAGGACGUCGUGAAGCUCUCGCUCCACGAGCCCGAACGGUGAAGAGACGAAUCGCCGUGGAUGCC